AUGGCCAAGCCUGGCAACCGGGUGAGCAUGCGAUACGUUGGCAAGCUCCAGAACGGCUCGGUUUUCGACUCCAACACCAAGGGAAGGCCAUUCUCGUUCCGUCUCGGUAAAGGCGAGGUCAUCAAAGGCUGGGACGAGGGUGUCAAGGGAAUGCAAGUUGGUAGUGAGCGUCGCCUCACGUGUCCCCCACACCUUGCUUAUGGCAAGACCAAACUGCCUGGCAUUCCCGCGAACUCGACUCUUAUCUUUGAUGUCAAGCUGCUCGAAAUCAAAUAG